GUAGUGUUCCGGUUGUUCUCGUGCUUGCUCUCGCCGUGGUUUUCUGUCGUGGUGUCUCGCACACGUUUUGCGGCUCGCAUGCGCAGCUUUCGCCGAAUGCAUGUUUCUCUCACAUAGCUGCGUUCGUAUAGAACUGCUCUAGAUUUUGAAUGUGCCGUUGAGGACCUUCAUCGGUCGUGCUGGUGUCGUUGAGGAAGAGUCAAAGAGUCUGUCUGAUAUUUGUGUACUGCGGAAAGCGCGCUGAGAUGCCGCACUGCGUGGUUAAAGAAGAAAAGAGAGAUAAAUUGUGACUCCAACUGGAGUUGGGCGUGCGCGGAAAACACACGUCUUUCAUCACGUCCGCCGUAGUUGUGAUUCUUCUUGUAGUGCGGUGAAGGCGCUUAUGUGCAAAUCUAAAGUGUGAGGGAAACGGCCAACGAGUAGUGGUGGGGGAUUGCGUACUUACAUUGUCUCAUGGGCCACACACACACACACGCACAAAAGGACUGGGUUUUCUCAUCAUAUGCUUCUGCUUUUACAUUUCACCCCCAUUUGCUCUUCGAUUGCGUGACUCGUGAAGACCGCGUGUUCGACUCGCUGCUGCUGUUAACAUUCCAGCACGCCUUCGCCGCAUUCCCCCUUCCUUUUGCGUGUGUUACCGGACACUUCCAGACCGAAUAAUGGCGCACGUUCACGUGUGUCGCCAUGGGCAGGACAUGGAUAACGUCCAUGGUAUUUUGAAUGGCCACCGCGAUGAGCCUCUGUCGGAGCUUGGCCGCUCGCAGGCAGCAGCCGUGGCGAAGAAGAUCCAAGAAAGCGGUGUCUCGUACACCGCGAUCUAUUCGUCCCCGCUGCAACGGGCCUUUGCCACAGCUACCGCUAUCGGCGCCGCGGUCGGCGUCCCCGUUCAGGUUCGAGAUGACCUGAUCGAGCGCGACUUUGGCAUCUUGUCGGGUAAGCCGUACGCCGACAUCACCAAGUACGCCGGUGACAACGUCCUGCAGGGUGACAAAAUCCUUUACUUUCUUUCCUCGGAGGGCUGCGAGACGUUUGACAGGUGCUACGAACGCGCACAAGGUGUGUUGGCCGAUGUGGACGCGAAGCACCCUGCGGAGCAUGUGCUGCUUGUGUGCCACGGAGAUAUUGGCAAGAUGCUGCAGGCUGCGCGUGCCAAGGUGAACUGGGAAGACGGGCUCCGUCUCCCGUACUUUGCAAACACGGAAGUGAUUGAAUUGUAG